GUACAUAUGCUGUUCUCUUGCUCUUGGUUAAGAUGGUGCCUUUGAAAGCUCCUGUGUAAAAAGCCUGUUUAAAAAAAGCCUGCUCAUUGUGUUCUAUAUUAAGCAAUGAUGUAGGCAGACUUGGAUGGGGUAAUUGCAGCCCUAAAGAUGCUAGCAUGUCAGGAAAUGGCACUGCUGAGACGAGCCGAUGUUUACUGACUGUGUAAGUGGGGAAUGAGGGAAACUGAAUACAGCCUUGCAGAAGCAUGACAAAAACUUCCAUAAACUUUAAUUCUGUGCAUGUCCUUCUAAGACACAAAAUAAAUACGACAUGCAUCUGGAAUGAUACCUGUGUCAGCCUUGCUGUAUUUUGGUGGACGCUCAUUUUAGAGCUCAGGAGUGGCAAAAAGCCCUAUUGCUGGUGGAUCAGUGGCUCACAUCACCUCUAACAUGCACUCUCUGCCAAGUCAGCUGCAUUUCCUUUGGUUAUGGACUUCAAUAUCAGCAUGUGCUAACAUUUGAGUACUUGAUUUUGGCAAUGUCAGUGCUCUGAUAAAUGUGAACAUGUCUGUGUGCAGGGGAGAACGUCGUACACUUAUAUGUGAAACUGUAAAGUGUUUGGGCAAACCUUCUGAUAGUAACUAUUUGCUAGUAGUACUGUGGAAAACAGAAACUUUCCCUGUCCUCAGUAAAAGGUGCCUUUGGAGAAGCUCUGCAAAUAUUUCUCAAUGACUCUAUAGCCAACUGAUGUAACAAUGGUACUAAUAUUGGGACGCAGACUGAAUAGAGAGGAUAGUGGGAUACGAGAUUCCCCUGCCACCAAGCGGAAAGUGUUUGAAAUGGACCCAAAGUCGUUGUCAGGCCCUGAGUUUUUCGACUUCUCCUCGGGAUCAUCCCAUGCUGAAAGCAUUCUCCAGAUCUUCAAUGAAUUCCGAGACAGCCGGUUGUUCACAGAUGUUAUUAUCUGCGUGGAAGGAAGGGAGUUUCCCUGCCACCGAGCCGUUCUCUCAGCCUGCAGCAGUUACUUCAGAGCUAUGUUCUGCAACGACCACAGGGAGAGCAGGGAGAUGCUGGUGGAAAUCAAUGGCAUUCUUGCUGAAGCCAUGGAUUGCUUUUUGCAGUAUGUAUACACGGGCAAGGUGAAAAUCACUACAGAGAAUGUGCAGUAUCUCUUUGAAACAUCAAGUCUCUUUCAGAUCAGUGUUCUGCGCGACGCCUGUGCCAAGUUCCUGGAAGAACAGCUGGAUCCUUGCAAUUGCCUGGGCAUCCAGCGUUUCGCAGAUGCACACUCGCUCAAGACACUGUUCACCAAGUGCAGAAACUUUGCUCUUCAGACAUUUGAGGAUGUGUCCCAGCAUGAAGAAUUCCUCGAGCUGGGGAAGGAUGAGCUUAUCGAUUACAUUUGCAGUGAUGAACUGGUGAUCAGUAAGGAGGAGAUGGUGUUUGAGGCUGUCAUGCGCUGGGUGUACCGGGCGGUUGAGUUGCGAAGGCCAGUGUUACAUGAACUUCUGACGCAUGUCAGGCUCCCACUGUUACACCCAAACUACUUUGUUCAGACUGUGGAAGUGGACCAGCUGAUUCAAAACUCCCCAGAGUGCUAUCAGCUGCUGCAUGAAGCCAGACGAUACCAUAUCCUUGGAAAUGAGAUGAUGUCUCCCAGAACUAGGCCACGCAGAUCAACCGGUUAUUCUGAGGUGAUAGUUGUUGUUGGAGGCUGUGAACGAGUUGGAGGGUUUAAUUUGCCAUAUACUGAGUGCUACGAUCCUGUAACAGGAGAGUGGAAGUCACUGGCUAAACUUCCAGAGUUUACCAAGUCUGAGUAUGCAGUGUGUGCCCUGCGGAAUGAUAUUCUUGUUUCAGGUGGAAGAAUCAAUAGCCGGGAUGUUUGGAUUUAUAACUCUCAACUUAACAUUUGGAUCAGAGUUGCCUCCUUAAAUAAAGGCAGAUGGCGUCAUAAAAUGGCUGUUCUUCUUGGUAAAGUGUAUGUUGUUGGAGGAUAUGAUGGACAAAACCGCCUCAGCAGUGUGGAGUGUUACGAUUCAUUUUCUAAUCGAUGGACGGAGGUGGCUCCCCUUAAAGAAGCUGUGAGCUCUCCAGCUGUCACAAGCUGUGUUGGCAAACUCUUUGUGAUUGGGGGUGGUCCUGAUGACAACACGUGCUCUGACAAGGUUCAGUCUUACGAUCCUGAUAGUAAUACUUGGUUGCUCCGUGCAACUAUCCCCAUUGCAAAAAGAUGUAUUACGGCUGUGUCUUUAAACAAUCUGAUCUAUGUUGCUGGUGGACUUACCAAAGCAAUAUACUGCUAUGAUCCAAUUGAGGACUACUGGAUGCAUGUACAGAAUACAUUCAGCAGACAGGAGAACUGUGGCAUGUCUGUGUGUAAUGGAAAAAUCUAUAUCCUUGGUGGAAGACGAGAAAAUGGUGAAGCCACAGACACUAUUCUUUGUUAUGACCCUGCAACGGGCAUUAUCACAGGAGUAGCAGCCAUGCCCAGGCCAGUAUCGUAUCACGGCUGUGUGACGAUUCAUAGAUAUAAUGAAAAAGGCUUUAAACUGUAGUCUUUUUUUGGGAAAAAAAAAGAAGAUGGCACGAGUAAAACCAGUGGUCUGCUGCAAGACAGGCUUCUUAAAGAUUCCUGGAGUGGAAGAAUGUCCUUUCCCUGCCUAAGUGUCAUACAAAAAUUAUAUCCUGUGCCUUUAGGAAAAGAGUUAAUUUAACUUGCAAAACAAGUCUGCAAGUCUGUCCAGUAACCAGAGUUCAGUUGCAUCUACUGUGGGCUCUGAUGCAAGAGCAGUAACAAUACAUUGUACCGGUGUUCAGAAAGUUUGCCCUAUGUGUGCUUAGUAAUUAAAAUCUUGGAAGCUUUUUGGGGAAAGUGCCUUCACAAGCAUUUAUGCCUGUGUCCUAAGAAGUGUUAUCUGCAAGGUGUUUCAGGUUCUGCUAAUUGGAAAAAUACACGGGCAAGUAAAUUCCAAAGAAUCAUCUAAGACAACUACCUACAAUUUAAAAGCUUACAUAAUUAUAGCUUAUAUGCACAGCAUUCUUACAAGCAGAUCACUUGCCUUAACCAAGUAGAUUUUAUGUCAGGUCAUACAUGGUUUGGAAUUUAAACAAAACCAAACAAAACAAACAAUGUGGGACAGAAUCUUUGAGGAAUGUGUUUUUUUUUUAAGGAGAAACUAGUUGUUUGGUGAGCCACUGCAACUCACUGCAGUAACAAUCGUGUACCUUAGCACUAUGGGCCUUAUUUGUAGUGUUGCUAAGCAUUCAUCAGAAGUACAAGGCUACAUGACACGGAAAAACUAGUGACCACUGGGGUGUAGGCACGCAUCUGUGCAGCAAGUCUGGAAUCCCAGUUUUUAACUCUCUGAAUAGUAAUGGCUGAAGUCUGAAAGUUACUGGAUUUGCUCUUGGCUCACUGCUAAGUGUCUAUAAACUAUUCAAGAAAUAAAGGAUCAUGACCUCUG